AUGCAGGUGAGUAUCAUGCUGUCGCUCACCGUCUGGCGCGCGCUUGCGAGUGCCUCCCUCAAGCUGCGGAUCGCAUUGAUACUGUACUGCGCCGACAGGGCAUCGUAUCGGUCGCCAAAAUCACCCCCGCCAACCCAGCGAGACAAGCCGCGGCAGGCUGCGAGCAAGAUGCAAGCGAGGAAACCAGCAUCGCUUGCUGCAUUUCGCAUCCAGUACGGGACCAUGAACUGCUGGAGCCGGUCUGCUGAAGCUCUGAAAGGGGUCGGUGUUUGCUGCGCUGAGGCAGCUGGCGAGACCAUGACUGCCAACGACGCGAUCCGGCUGAUGAUCCUGAUCCAGUAG